AUGUUUAAAAUUAAUGGUCAUAUGUUAACACAUGAAGAAGAAAAACCACAUAAAUGUCGUGUACCUAAUUGUAAUCGUACAUAUUGUGAUGCACGUUCAUUAAAACGACAUAUUAAAAAUACCCAUCAAGAUAUUUUAGCUGCAAUAUAUCAAGGUGGACAUGAUGAAUAUAAAAAAUUUUUACCUGAAACAGCAUUUGUUAAAACAAAAGAUUUAUCAAUACAUAGUGAAUUUUCAAUUGAUUCUAUUGAUAGUAAUUCUUCACGAUCAUCAAUUGAUAAUGAACAAUCAUUUAAUAUUCGAACAUCAACUGGAACUAAAACUAUGACAACUUAUACAUUUGAUGAAGAAAAAUGUGUUGAAUGUCAAAUUUGUAAAAAAUCAUUUAAAAAUGGUGUUGCACUUAAUGAUCAUAUGCGUUUACAUGGUGAAUUUAUUGAAGUACGUUAA